GAUGGCACGGUAAAGGCUGGGUAUGCUGCGCAAUUCAGAUCCCAUUGUGAUCCACUAGCCUCUGCCCAGCAACUCCUAUCCCUACCUCCACGCGGUACCGGCCGGAAACUAUGAGCAACCUUAGGGAAGAUCGGGUAACCAACCCCGGUGGGACCUUUGGUCGUAGGCUGACAGGGAAGGGGGGGUUUGCUUCGGCAAACCUGAGCGUCUGUUCUCCAGGAGGAGCGGCUCACAACAGCGUCUGAUCCCCAUGUUAGGGGCGGCUGAUCUACGUCCGAGUGCCAGGGAAGGACUCUAAGCUCAACUGUGCACUAUGGUCCUCCGGAAAGUAGGGGGUUGGUGUCAGGCCCUACGAGCCAGCCGUAAAAACCCAUUGUAACGGAAAAUCAGCAACAGAAUAAUACGAACCGAGACCAACGGCAACGACCCCAGCGAACAAAAAGGACUUGCGAUUGGAAACUCUGUACGUGGAACUGCCGAUCUCUCAACUUCAUUGGGAGCACCCGCAUACUCGCCGAUCUACUGAAGGACCGCGGGUUCGGCAUCGUAGCGCUGCAGGAGGUGUGUUGGACAGGAUCCAUGGUGCGAACGUUUAGAGGUAAUCAUACCAUCUACCAGAGCUGCGGCAACACACGCGAGCUGGGAACAGCUUUCAUCGUGAUGGGCGAUAUGCAGAGGCGCGUGAUCGGUUGGUGGCCGAUCGACGAAAGAAUGUGCAGGUUGAGGAUCAAGGGCCGAUUCUUCAACUUCAGCAUAAUAAACGUGCACAGCCCACACUCCGGAAGUACUGAUGAUGACAAGGACGCAUUUUACGCGCAGCUCGAACGCGAGUACGACCGCUGCCCAAGCCACGACGUCAAGAUCAUCAUAGGAGAUUUGAACGCUCAGGUAGGCCAGGAGGAGGAAUUCAGACCGACGAUUGGUAAGUUUAGCGCCCACCAGCAAACGAACGAAAACGGCCUACGACUCAUUGAUUUCGCCGCCUCCAAAAAUAUGGCCAUACGUAGCACCUUUUUCCAACACAGCCUCCCUUAUCGUUACACCUGGAGAUCACCACAGCACACGGAAUCUCAAAUCGACCACGUUCUGAUUGACGGACGGCACUUCUCCGACAUUAUCGACGUCAGGACCUAUCGUGGCGCCAAUAUCGACUCCGACCACUAUCUGGUGAUGGUCAAACUGCGCCCAAAACUCUCCGUCAUCAACAAUGUACGGUACCGGCGACCGCCACGGUACAACCUAGAGCGACUGAAGCAACCGGAUGUCGCCUCAGCAUACGCGCAGAAUCUCGAAGCCGCGUUGCCAGACGAGGGCGAGCUCGAUGAGGCCCCUCUAGAGGACUGCUGGAGUACAGUGAAAGCAGCCAUCAACGACGCAGCCGAGAGCACCAUCGGGUACGUGGAACGGAAUCGACGAAACGAAUGGUUCGACGAAGAGUGCAGAACGGUUUUGGAGGAGAAGAACGCAGCGAGGGCGGUAAUGCUGCAGCAAGGGACUCGACAGAAUGUGGAACGUUACAAACAGAAGCGGAAACAGCAGACCCGCCUCUUUCGGGAGAAAAAGCGCCGCCUGGAAGAAGCGGAGUGUGAAGAAAUGGAACUGCUGUGCCGUUCCCAAGAAACACGAAAGUUCUAUCAGAAACUCAACGCAUCCCGCAACGGCUUCGUGCCGCGAGCCGAAAUAUGCAGGGAUAAAGACGGAGGCCUCUUGACGGACGGACGUGAGGUGAUCGAAAGGUGGAAGCAGCACUUCGAUCAGCACCUGAACGGCAUGGAGAACGUAGGCACGGGAGCCCACGGCAACGGAAGGAGCGACGACGCCAGUGCAGCGGAGGACGGAAAUGAACCAACUCCCACGCUGAGGAAAGUUAAGGAUGCCAUUCACCAGCUCAAAACCAACAAAGCAGCUGGUAAGGAUGGUAUCGCAGCUGAACUCAUCAAGAUGGGCCCAGAAAAGUUGGCCACCUGUCUGCAUCGGCUGAUAGUCAGGAUCUGGGAAACCGAACAGCUACCGGAGGAGUGGAAGGAAGGGGUAAUCUGCCCCAUUCACAAGAAAGGCGACCAUUUGGAAUGUGAGAACUUCAGGGCGAUCACUAUUUUGAAUGCUGCCUACAAAGUGCUAUCCCAGAUCAUCUUCCGUCGUCUGUCACCUAAAACAAAUGAGUUCGUGGGAAGUUAUCAAGCCGGCUUCAUCGACGGCCGGUCGACAACGGACCAGAUCUUUACCGUACGGCAAAUCCUCCAGAAAUGCCGUGAAUACCAGGUCCCAACGCACCACCUGUUCAUCGACUUCAAAGCGGCAUACGAUAGUAUCGACCGCGCAGAGCUACAUAUGGAGAAUCAUGGACGAAAACGGCUUUCCUGGGAAGUUGACUAGACUGAUUAAAGCAACGAUGGACGGUGUGCAAAACUGCGUAAGGGUUUCGGGUGAACUAUCCAGUUCAUUCGUAUCUCGCCGGGGACUGCGACAAGGUGACGGACUCUCAUGUCUACUCUUCAACAUCGCGCUGGAAGGUGUGAUGCGACGAGCCGGGCUCAACAGCCGGGAAACGAUUUUCACAAAAUCCGGACAAUUUGUGUGCUUUGCGGACGACAUGGACAUUAUCGCUAGAACAUUUGGAACGGUGGCAGAACUGUACACCCGCCUGAAACGCGAAGCAGCAAAGGUCGGACUGGUGGUGAAUGCCUCAAAAACAAAGUACAUGCUGGUAGGCGGAACCGAACACGACCGGAUCCGUCUGGGUAGUAAUGUUACGAUAGACGGGGAUACUUUCGAGGUGGUGGAGGAAUUCGUCUACCUCGGAUCCUUACUGACGGCUGACAACAACGUGAGCCGUGAAAUUCGGAGGCGCAUCAUCAGCGGAAGUCGGGCCUACUACGGGCUCCAGAAGAAACUGCGGUCGAAAAAGAUUCACCCACGCACCAAAUGCACCAUGUACAAAACGUUAAUAAGACCGGUAAUCCUCUACGGGCACGAGACAUGGACCAUGCUCGAGGAGGACCUACAAGCACUCGGAGUUUUCGAGCGACGCGUGCUAAGAACGAUCUUCGGCGGUGUGCAGGAGAACGGUGUGUGGCGGAGAAGGAUGAACCACGAGCUCGCUGCACUUUACGGCGAACCCAGCAUCCAGAAGGUGGCCAAAGCCGGAAGAAUACGGUGGGCAGGGCAUGUUGCAAGAAUGCCGGACAACAACCCUGCAAAGCUGGUGUUUGCAACGGAUCCGGUUGGCACAAGAAGGCGUGGAGCGCAGAGAGCACGAUGGGCGGACCAGGUGGAGCGUGACUUGGCGAGCAUUGGGCGUGACCGAGGAUGGAGAGCGGCAGCCACAAACCGAGUAUUGUGGCGUACUAUUGUUGAUUAUGUCUUGUCUUAAUGAUGUGGAACAAAUAAAUGUAUGUAUGUACAGGGGAUAGACAAAAUGAUCGGGACAG